CUUUUCCUCCGUCUCUCUCUUCCUCGCUCCCUCACUUCCUGAAGGCUCAGGAACAUACACUCCAGCACAGAACACAAGCCUCUGGGCCUUGUGUGUCAGUGAUAAAAUCUUUCAGUCUGACUCCUCGCUGUGUGUUAACGAGCACGCGUGCCUAACUGCCAACAUGUGAGAGCCCGUGUGCCUGACGUGUCAUUCGUCAGUCAGCGUGUCAGUCGGUUAGGCUGUUCGCCUCCGCGCCGUCCUCACACCAGCACCGGAAAGGCGUGCCGCAGGAGGUCAGCCGGGCCACCGGGGGGCAGUGAUGACGGUGACCUACUCGCGUAGGGUGGCCGACGCCGGCCUUGGCAGCUUCUUCCACCUGCUACUGCGCUGGAGGGGAAGCAUCUACAAGCUGCUGUACAGGGAGCUGCUCAUCUUUACUGCGCUCUAUUGCGCCCUCAGUGUCAUUUACAGGUUCCUACUGAAUGAAGGCCAGAAGAGGCUGUUUGAGAAGUUGGCCAUUUACUGCAACCGUUAUGCUGAGCUGAUCCCUGUGUCCUUCAUCCUGGGUUUCUAUGUGACGCUGGUGGUGUCCCGCUGGUGGGGCCAGUUUGAGAGCGUGCCCUGGCCCGACAGGCUGGGCUCGCUGGUGGCAGCACACGUACGCGGAGGCGACGAGGCGACGCGGCUGAUCCGCAGGACGCUGAUGCGCUACGUCAACCUCUCCGGCGUGCUGAUCUACCGCUCCAUCAGCACCGCCGUCUACAAGCGCUUUCCCACCAUGGAGCACCUAGUGCGGGCAGGUCUGAUGACUGCAGAAGAGCUGAAGCAGUUAGAGGCCCUCCCGUCAGCUCACAGCAAGUUCUGGGUUCCCUGCAUGUGGUUCGUCAACCUGACCAUGAGGGCCCGAACCGAGGGCCGCAUCAAUAACGAUGUGGCCCUCACCGCCAUCCUCAAUGAGCUGAACUCCUUGCGUUCCCAGUGCAUGAAGCUCUACAGUUAUGACUGGAUUAGUCUCCCUCUGGUUUAUACCCAGGUGGCAACGGUGGCUGUCUACACUUUCUUUCUCGCCUGUCUGAUUGGUCGACAGUUUCUUGACCCCGCCCAGGGCUACCCUGGACACGAUCUUGACUUCUACCUGCCAGUCUUCACCCUCCUCCAGUUCUUCUUCUACUUUGGCUGGCUAAAGGUGGCUGAGCAGCUCAUUAACCCCUUUGGAGAAGAUGACGACGACUUUGAGACCAACUGGCUGGUCGAUCGCAACCUUCAGGUGUCCCUGCUGACAGUGGAUGAGAUGUACGACAGCGUGCCGCUUGUGGAGAGGGAUCAGUACUGGAACGAGUCGGAGCCCCAGCCCCCCUACACCGCAGCCAGCGCCGACCACCGCAAGCCUUCCUUCAUGGGCUCUGCUCUGGACAUCAGUGUGCCCAAGGAAGAGAUGGAGUUCCAGUCCAAUCUGGAGCAGAUCAAGGAGCACGAAGAGGCCAAUCACUCGACGCCCCUCCUGGGGGGUCUGAGCCGCUUCCUGGGGGUCCAGCCCCCCAGUUUCCCGCGCGGCUCGGCCUCGUCGCGGGUCUCCCUCCUCCGCAGGCGGCCCGGCGCCCCGCUCGGCCGCUUCCCGCUCUACCUGCACCCGGAAGGUUCUCCGGCCCCGGGGCAGCCCUGCCACCCGCCGGAGCGGGAGCUGGAGCUGGCCUUCUCCUCGCUGCCCGCGUACGAGCGGCCGGGCUUCUACAGCUGCCCGCAGACGCCCAUCCACUGCGCGCCCGCCGCCCCGCCCCGCCCCCGGCCCCCGCGCUGGCCCCAGGACUGGGACCGCAGCUCCUGCUCCCUGGCCCCGCCGGCGCCGCCCCCGGACACGCCCGGCCGCCCGCCCCCCACCUCCGCCUUCCCCUGGCUCGGCUCGGAGGGAGAGCCGCACCCCGGCCACACCUUCUGCUUCCCCGAUCCCGCCCCCGAGCCGUGCCCCCUGCCCAAACUCCGCCCCUCCCAGGGCCCGCCCACCCGCCGGCCCCCGCCGCCCCGCCUCUCCCUGGACAUCCCGUCCUCCGGCGACAGCCAGGCCGGCCCCCUCAGCGCCCGGGGCCCGGGGGGAGGGGUGGAGAAGGUGUUUUCCUUCACUCCUCCCUCCCGAAACCCCGCCCCCAGUGCCAGCGCCAGCUCCGGCAGCAUCAACGCUCCCGGCAGCAGCAGCAACAGCAUCGCCGGCGGCCUCUGCAACGGGGGCAGCCACGGCAGCUUCUGCAACCACGGAAACUUCUCCCCCGCCGCCGCCGCCGCUGCCAACCGGGCCAGCGUGGUGGGCGGGCCCGCCGGCAUUAGCCCCGCCCCCUCCUCCGCGGUCUCUCCACCGGCAGCCACUCAGCAGCCCUCGCCCAAUGAUUCAGGGAUCUCCCUGGUGGAGGGAGACCUGCUGGGCCCUCUGAUGCAGGAAGGGGGGAAAGGUCGGGCCCCAGGGGGGAAGGACGCAGACUGAGGGGGAGGGGCUUGUCCUCGGCUAUCUUCGGCACGCAAACCAAGGAGGAUCCAACCGCUACCACAACUGCGUCAAAUGUGAAAAUCAGACAUUCAGUCAGGGUAGCCAUCCUUGGUCCUGGAGAGCCACAGGGCCUGCUGGACUUACUUACACAGGUAAUAAAUACCUCACCUCAUUUACUAAGUUCUGAAAUUGAUUGCUGAUCUUAAGGUGAAACCAAACCCUGCAGACCCUAUGGUUCCCAAGGACCAGGGUUAGGGAGCCUCGCCUUAGAUUCUGGUAAAAUUUCCUGCACACUCCUGAGAAUUGUCAGCUAGCAUUAAAGGUACUUCAAAUUAAGUAUUUGUUCCCAGUUCAGACCAUGGCUAUGCCCAUUUAUACCAGCCACUCAUAGAACAAAUGGUCCAGUCCUUCCAGGUGAUAGAGGCAGGAGUAGUAGAGUUCUGUAACAAGCUCAGAAAUGAUGUAUCCAUGGUUACCCGGUGCCUGCAGUCUGCUGGUUCUAAAGAGGCAGCCAAGGCCAGUUUUAAGCAGCUAUUUCAGGCGCAGAUCACAUGACAGCCACAGAAUGGAGAAACAUUCCAUUGUUUUACAGCCUGACCAAUAGUGGUGCAAAGU